AUGCCUGUAUCGAAUUUUUGUCUCCCUGGUGAUCAUUAUGCACUUGAUUUAGGUGGUCCAUUAAAUACAACCUCAAUUAUUGAUCUCGCUGACGGCAUGGGUUUUGAUCAUAGAUUCAUCACACCGCUGCAUGCAAGUGCAAAUGGUAUCAGUGAACGUUACGUUCAAUCAGUUAAAAGACUACUUUCUAAGGCAACGCGAGAUGUCGGUGACGAUUGGGAUUUACAUUUGAAUGCUGUUCAUGAACAACGUAAGCCUAAGUCUGAAGAGGAAUUGAUCAAAAGAAUUGAUUACAUGACAGAUAUCGUGUUUCCUGCUUAUACAGCUAAAACCAUGGCCCAAAUUAUAAUUGAAAAAGCUAAAUUUGACAAUAAGCAUCAAUUAGUAGAAUAUCCUCCUUGUCGUAUUUGA